GAAAGGGGAGGGCCGUCAGGAUGGGCUUCCCAGAACGGGUGGGGAUGUUUGGGAGCAGGGGACAGUGAAGAGGAGGGGCAUCGGAGAGGAGGAAGGCAGAUUAAGUAAGAGGGUAGGAGAGCUCAUUGGCCCAGGCAAGAGUGGGGCCCGGGUGCCCUGUCCCCCUUUGCUCCGAGAGAGGCUGGGGUCCCCGCCUGGGCUCCGGCGGAGCUGCCUGGGCAGCCCAGCCUAUUCCAACUCUGAACUCUGCCCAGCAAGUUCCACUGAAGUGCGAGGGCAGACCAAAGGGCAGUGGGGUUGGAUGCAGCUUGUCUUCACGGAAACCCACACUCCCUGCCGGCCCGGAGAGCGGCCUGUUUACUGCAAAUACCUGGAAGGUCUGGCUCAUGGAGGACAACACACCGAGACCCCGAGAGUCUGUCGCCCUCGCAUCUGCGUCCAAUGGUUCGGACAACGUGGAGGCUGAGCUCUUCCAAGACCUGGAGGAAGGCCGGACCCCCGGCAGCGACUCGAGCCCCGUGGUCCGCAGGAACAGCGGGAGCACAGCCGGCCGGAAGCCCCCCUCAAGAUGGAGGAUGCUGCAGCCAGUCCUGAGAGCGAGGGACUUCUACAGGGAGCACGCACAGCUAUUUCGCUGGAUCGGCAUAGGCCUGCUCUGCACUGCGUUCGCUGCCUUCCUGCUGACUGCCUGCAUCCUGGAUUUCCAGAGGGCCCUGGGCCUGUUUGUCGUCACCUGUGUGGUCCUGGUCUUCCUGGCCCACAACCUGGGGAAGAGGCUGCUGGGGCCGAGGCUGCUGAGGUGCAUCAGGCCUCUGGAGAAUCCCCGCCUGAACCUCUGGUUUAAGAGGGGUCUAGCCGCCGUGGCUCUCCUGGGCCUGGUCCUGUGGCUAAUUCUGGACACCUCCCGGCGGCCCGAGCAGCUGGUGUCCUUCGCGGGAAUCUGCGUGUUCGUGGGCAUCCUCUUCGCCUGUUCAAAGCACCAUCGCGCGGUAUCUUGGAGGGCCGUGUCCUGGGGCCUCGGGCUGCAGUUUGUACUUGGGCUCCUCGUCAUCAGAACGGAGCCUGGAUUCAUCGCAUUCCAGUGGCUGGGCCAGCAGAUCCAGACGUUCCUGAGCUACACCAAGUCCGGCUCCAAAUUCGUGUUCGGGGAAGAUCUGAUCAAGAGUGUCUUUGCCUUUCAGGUCCUGCCCAUCAUCGUUUUCUUCAGCUGCGUCAUGUCGGUCCUCUACCACGUGGGCCUCAUGCAGUGGGUGAUCAUGAAGAUUGCCUGGCUGAUGCAGGUCACCAUGAGCACCACGGCCACCGAGACCCUGACCGUGGCUGGAAACAUCUUCGUGAGCCAGACCGAGGCCCCUCUGCUCAUCCGGCCCUACCUGCCGGACAUGACCCUCUCCGAGAUCCACGUGGUCAUGACCGGGGGCUAUGCCACCAUCGCCGGCUCGCUGCUGGGCGCCUACAUCUCCUUCGGGAUCGACGCCGCCUCCUUGAUUGCUGCCUCUGUCAUGGCCGCCCCUUGUGCUUUGGCCCUCUCCAAGCUGGUCUACCCGGAGGUGGAGGAGUCCAAGUUCAGGAGUGAGGAAGGAGUGAAACUGAGCACCGGAGACGCCCGGAACAUCUUAGAAGCCGCCAGCACUGGGGCCGCCAUGUCCGUGAAGGUCGUGGUCAACAUCGCGGCCAACCUCAUCGCUUUCCUGGCGGUGCUGGCCUUCAUCAACGCUGCCCUCUCCUGGCUGGGGGAACUGGUGGACAUCCAGGGGCUCACCUUCGAGCUCCUCUGCUCCUACAUCCUGCGGCCUGUGGUCUUCCUGAUGGGCGUGGCCUGGGAGGACUGCCCCGUGGUGGCUGAGCUGCUGGGGAUCAAGCUGGUGCUGAACGAGUUCGUGGCCUACCAGGAGCUCUCCCAGUACAAGAACCGCCGCCUGGCGGGGGUGGAGGAGUGGGUCGACGGCAAGAAGCAGUGGAUCUCCGUGAGAGCGGAAAUCCUCACGACCUACGCCCUCUGUGGGUUCGCCAACAUCAGCUCCAUCGGGAUCAUGCUGGGAGGCCUGACCUCCAUGGCGCCCCAGCGGAAGAGCGACUUCUCCCAGAUCGUCCUGCGGGCGCUCUGCACGGGCGCCUGCGUGUCCCUGGUGAACGCGUGCGUCGCGGGGGUCCUCUACAUGCCCAGGGGGGCCGAGGUCAACUGCACGGCCCUCCUGAACACGACCCUCAGCAGCAGCAGCUUCGAGGUGUACCAGUGCUGCCGCGAGGCCUUCCAGAGCGCCAGCCCAGGGUUCAGUCCCGGGGCCCUGGGCAACUGCUGUCGCUUUUACAACAACACGGCCUGUGUAUAGUGAGGACAGCGCGCUGACGACGUGCCUUCCGGAGACGGCCACUU